AUGAAUAGAUUGAUCAAUAAAAGAGAGGACAGCGACAAUACGCAACAAAAUCUAACGAAUCGAAUUUCCUUGAAAAAGAAAGCAAAGUUGUCAAAUGUUUCAAAGCUCCCAUUCGUAAAAGAAAUGAAGGUCGCCAGUCAUUCCUCCUGUUCUGAUAUGAAUCUGCUGAAUGGGGUUUGGUGGGGCUUGGCCCUGCUUGGCGGGGAAGGGAUUGGAAUUUGGGGGACAUGCAACGCUAAUUUUAGAGUUGGGCUUUAG